CCUCCCGCCGCCUCCGCACUUCCCCGGGUCCUGGGGCCCGGCCUAGGCGCAGCCGCGGUGACUGGCAUGCAGGGGCUGUCGGGGGACCAUCAGCCAAGUCCCAAGGGGGUUUGGGGGCUCACAGAGAAAAGGAGCCCCAGCCGGUGGGGGCUCUGACCCCUCCUUUUGUAGGCUCCCUGACCGAGCAAGCCUUUCCAUGGAGGGUGCUGGCGAGGACCCCACCAUAUUCAAGGCCCAUUCCCUGCCCGGUGACCCCCGGCUCUUGGCCACGGUGACCAGCCCAUACCUGGGCACACGUGUGUACAGCGCCACCCUGCACGUCAGCGGGGUGUACAACGGGGCUCAGGGGGACGCACACCGGGCCGUUCUGCCCAGUCCCCUCAACGUGGGGCUGGAGGCCCCUGCAGGGGCCAGAGAGCAGUUGGUCAGCACCUUCAUGCUGGACACUAACACAGGCUCCUUCCUGCACACCCUGGAGGGCCCUGCCUUCCGGGCCUCCCAGCGCCUCUACGCCCACCGGACCCUGCCACACGUCCUGGCCUCCAGCGUGUCCAUCGCCCGCCGGGCCCCGGGGCGCGGUCUGGUCACGGUGUUGUUGCGGUCGGCCUUCUCUCCAGAGAGCCCAGACCUGGCCCUGCGUCUGGGCCCUGACCACCGGGGAGCACGGUACCUGUAUGGCCACAUCCUCACUCCCGAGCAGCCCGGGGGGCCGCGGCAGGAGCUGCACAUGCUGUGGACCCCAGUGCCGCCUGCCCUGACCCUGGGGGCGGGCGAGGAGGAGGGCACCUGGGAGUUCCUGACGGUGGUGGGCGGCAGCCGGGCAGAGGCCCAGGCCCGCCUGGACGAAGCCCUGAGGCUGCAGGAGGGGGGCGCGGUGUACGGAGUGCAUGUCCAGGCCUGGGCCCAGCUCUGGGCAGGCUGCGGCCUGGACGUGGCAGGGCCCCUGUGCCUGCGCCAGGCCCUGCGGGGGGCCCUGUACUACCUGCUCAGCGCCCUGCCCCAGCCCGGGGUCCCGGGGGGCGCCUGCCACGGCCUCAGCCCCGGGGGCCUCUCCAACGGGAGCCGCGGCGAGUGCUACUGGGGCCACGUCUUCUGGGACCAGGACCUCUGGAUGUUCCCGAAUGUGCUGAUGUUCCACCCUGAGGCCGCCAGGGCCCUCCUGCAGUACCGCAUCCGGACACUGGGCGGCGCCCUGGAGAACGCCCGGAAGCUGGGCUGCCAGGGAGCCAAGUUCGCCUGGGAGAGUGCGGGCUCCGGCCUGGAGGUGUGCCCGGAGGGCGUCUACGGGGCACAGGAGCUGCACGUCAACGGGGCCGUGGUCCUGGCCUUCCAGCUGUACUACCACGCCACCCAGGACGUGCAGCUCUUCCGGGAGGCUGGCGGCUGGGACGUGGUCAGCGCGGUAGCCGAGUUCUGGUGCAGCCGCGUGGAGUGGAGCCCCAAGGAGGGGCAAUACCACCUGAGGGGAGUCAUGCCCCCUGACGAGUACCACUCAGGGGUGGACAACUCGGUGUACACCAACGUCCUGGUCCAGAGCAACCUGCGCUUCGCUGCCGCCCUGGCCAAGGACCUGGGGCGAUCGGUGCCCAACCUGUGGCUGCGGGUGGCUGAGGGAAUCAAGGUGCCCUUCGACCCAGAGCGGGGCUACCACCCGGAGUUCGACGGGUAUGAGCCGGGGGAGACAGUGAAGCAGGCGGAUGUGGUGCUCCUGGGGUACCCGGUCCCGUUCUCCCUGAGUCCUCGCGUCCGCAGGAACAACCUGGAGGUCUACGAGGCGGUGACGUGCCCCCGCGGCCCGGCCAUGACCUGGAGCAUGUUUGCGGUGGGCUGGCUGGAGCUACAGGACCCGGCGCGCGCGCGCGCCCUGCUGGACCGAAACCUGGCCAAUGUCUCGGAGCCCUUCAAGGUGUGGACAGAGAACGCAGACGGGUCGGGAGCUGUGAACUUCCUGACAGGCAUGGGGGGCUUCCUGCAGGCAGCACUCUUUGGAUUCACCGGGUUCAGGAUCACCCAGGCAGGCCUGACCUUCGACCCCGUGUGUCCCGAGGGGGUGUCAGCAAUGAGUGUCCGGGGAGUGUCCUACCUGGGGAAUAAGCUAGACUUCUGCUGGGCCGCGGGCUCCGUGACACUGGAAGUCACAGCCCCGGGGGACCCCAGCGCCCCCCGACUGGAGGCCGAGCUGUGGCCCUCGCAGGCUCGGCUCCCCCUGCUCCCAGGACACAGGGUCUCUUUCCCCUACUCAGCCGGCCGGGUACAGCGGGCUCUGGCCCAGGGGGCGGCAGGCUCCACGCCUGCGCCUGGGAGCACUUUCUGAGGACGUGGACAGCUGCCCUCAGAGCCUCUCUGGACAUCCCACUCCAGCCCCCAGGCUCCUCCCUGCCCCGCUCAGCCAGGCUGCUGGCUUUAGGAGUGUCUCUCGGGUCCUCGCCACAGGCUGCACCCACCUCUUUCGGACUCCCUCCGCCCGCCACCCCAGAAGUCUGCUCCCGGCCCAAGGAAUUAAAGUCCUGACUGGAGCGCGGUGUCCGGGGUCCAUUUGCAGACCAGGCGGGGGGCUGUGCCCUGCCUGGGAGGGGUGAAGCGCUGGAGCGCGAGCCUGUGCAGCCCUGCCCUUGGCAUCCACGUUCCCUGGACGCAGACACCCGCCCAUGCACUGACAGCGUCGGGAGGCAGGGGGAGGAGGUGGCAGAGCUGAGGCCGGUGGCUGUGCGGUCAGGCAGACUAGUCUUCCAGCCCCGGCGCUGGCAUCAGGUGGGCAGCCCUGUACCCACAGGCCCCAGGUGUCCUGUGCCCGACAGCGAGCAGCGCCUAUGCACCAGGGCCUCUGCACACAGUGGGGCAACUUGAGGGACCAUGGUGGGCAGCUGCUCAGGGGCCCCCACUUGGCCAGGAGGCUGGGCCAGCAGCAGGAUAUGGCUGCCGGUGACCUUUCCUCCUGCCUAUCAGGACAAUAUCUGCAUCCCUCAUCAAAUGAGGGGCUGGCAGAGCUCCCCACUUUGGGAGAUGCACCCAGCUCCCAGCUGCAGUGUCCACCAGGGGUCACCCCUUUUGGGGCCAGAGCUCAGGCUGGCAAGUCCACAUGCUGGCCUGCGGCCCCUGGCUGGGUCCAGUGUGGCCUCAGUGACCACUAGGGGCCAGCGUGCCAACCGGCGCACACCUCUGCCCCAGGGCCACAUGGGCAACAGGCCUGUGGGGGUGGGGAGCUGGACCCCCGGCACACAGCCCGACCCCAUCUCUCCUGGCUCUAGGGGGUGUCUGGGUUCCUGCAAGUC